GAUAAAAAAAUCGAGGAAAAUUAUGUACAAUCCCUCACAUCUUAAAUUCAGAGAAGAGUUGUAAGUUACCUAUAUAAAGAGGUAUUAUAAUACCAUUGUCAUCAGUGUCUUUGUUGGUAUUUGCUAGAGUGUCUAAGAGGUAUUUUCCAUAAAGAAUUCUGAAAAAAAAUCAUUGAAAAUGGCCGAUCCAGUCUCAACAUGGGCAAGUGAUAGAAAAGAAACCAUAAAGGAACUUCGACAAUUUGGGGAGAACAUGAAUGAACAUGCUAAGAACGCGAAAAUUGCAAGUGCUGUCGGGGGUGGAACAAGUGUUGCAGCCGGUUUGGGUGCAGCUGCGUGUUAUUUUGCAGCACCUUUCACUUUUGGUGCAAGCCUUGCUCCUGCGGCGGCACUUACAGGACUUGCUGUUGCUGGAGGGGUAACAUCUAUUGGCGCAGCCGUUACUAAUCAUUUUAUAGAGAAAGGUUAUAUUGGGAGUGUUCAGGAAGCGUUAGAUAAGGAUAGAGCAUCGUUUGAUAUACUGAAAAAGGCUGUUAAUAAAGCUAAUGAGAUAUCGUUAGCAGAAGGAAUAAAGGGUGGUGUAAAGAUUGGAAAAAGCAUUCCUGGUGGUGUCAAACUUGGAACAUCCGUUGCUCGUAGGCUUGUUGUCUCCGAAAAGGCUGCGGCCAGUCUCUUAAAGCUUGGUCAGACUGCCCGUUUUGCUGGCCACGCUCUCGCUAUAGUAGCACUGCCGCUAGAUGUCCUGUUUUUUGUUAAAGAUGUAAUUGAUUUGUCAAAAGGAAACAUUUCCGAGGCAGCUAAAAAGGUUUUGGAGCUAGCUGAUGAGUUAGAAAAAGAACUUGAAGAUAUUAUGGCUGACGCAUAAAUACAAGCGUAUGUCGAUCUUGUAUUGAAAAUAACAGUGUAUCAAAUAACACUAUGAUUAAAGAAAACAAAUGCUGUUACUUAAUGAUCUUAAAACACUUUUGCGAACCAAAAAGGUUUAGAAAUAAAAAUAAUUUUUUUCUAUA